UGUUUCCAGGGUGAGGGGCCAUGGCGUGGUUGGCCGCCGAGGGCGGGGAGAAGGAGGUGGUUUAGGCCGCGCCUCGACGAUGUGGUGUCGCUCGUGGGAGUCCUCCUGGGCCCCCGUUCGGGCUGCCUUCGCCCUCCGCGGGGCCCGGGCCUUCCAGAGGGAGCCCCAGCCCGCCCCGCCGGACCACGACCCCGCCGAGCUGCCCCUCCCCGUCACCGAGAUCCGCCGCUACCUGCGGGCCCGAGGCAUCCCCUUCCACGACGGGCACUGCUGCUUCCACAUCCCCAGCCCCUUCGCCGGACACGGGCAGGACGGGGAGGAAGGGGCGCCCGGGACCAAGGCCGGGAAAGGAGGCAGGAAGGGGCGCAGCCUGUACAUCGAGAAGACGACGGGGCGGUUCUGGUGCAGGGCCACCCAGGCGGAGGGCAGCUGGAGGGACUUCCAGGCCCGCGUGGAGCUGUCGGGGGGAGGGCCCCCGGAGGGUCCGGGGGAGCCGGCCUCGGACUCGCCCGACGCCGAAGCGGCGCGGCGGCUGUGGGCCCGGGCCGUGCCGCUUUGGGAGCUGCCGGCCGAGGAGCGGGAGGCCGCCCGGGCCGCCUUCGGCCUGUCCCCGCUGUCGGGCUCCACGCUGAGCCGCUUCUCCGUGCGCUACCUGCGCGGGGCCCGGAGCCUCGUGUUCCCCUGGUUCUGCCCGCGCGGCGGGAGCGGGCUGCGCGGCCUCAAGCUGCUGGGGCCGGGGGGCGACGGCCGCGGGGAGACCACCCUGCCGCGGCCGGCCGCCUACCUCAACCUGUUCGGCCUGCCGCUCCUCGACCGGACGGACACCGAGGUGGUGCUCACCGGGCGGGAGCUGGACAGCCUGGCCCUGCACCAGGCCACGGGGAAGCCCACGCUGGCCCUGCCCCGCGGCACGGCUUGCUUGGCCCCCGCCCUGCUUCCUUUCCUGGAGCCCUUCGAGCGCAUCGUGCUGUGGCUCGGGGAUGAGCCGGGCUCCUGGGAGGCCGCCAAGCUCUUCGCCGACAAACUGAACCCGGAGCGCUGCUGGCUGGUGGUGCCCGGCGAGCAGCGGCCUCGCCCCCUGGACGCCCUGUCCCGGGGCCUGAACCUGCCCCACAUCCUGGGCAGGGCCCAGCCGGUCGGGCACAAGGCCAUCGUCUCAUUAGCCCAGGUACACAAACGGGUGCUGGAGAACCUGGCCAACGCCGACCAGUUGGUCGGUGUCCAGUGGAGCCGUUUCCCCGACCUGAACCGCCUCCUGAAGGGGCAUCGCAAGGGGGAACUCACCGUCUUCACGGGGCGGACGGGCAGCGGGAAGACGACGUUCAUCGGCGAGUACUCGCUGGACCUGUGUAUGCAGGGCGUGUGCACGCUGUGGGGCAGCUUCGAGAUCAGCGUCGAUCGGCUGUUCCAGGUCAUGCUCACCCAGUUCUCCUGGGGGCGGCUGGAGGAGGAUCCGGACAUGUACGAGGCGUGGACUGACCGAUUCAAGGACUUGCCGCUCCACUUCAUGACUUUCCACGGGCAACAGAACAUCAAGACCGUAGUGGACACCAUGCACCACGCCGUCUGCAUGCGUGGCGUCUCCCACGUCGUCGUCGACAACUUGCAGUUCAUGAUGGGCCAGGGGCAGCGGUCGGCAGACAGGCUCACGGCCCAGGACAACAUCAUCGGGGCGUUCCGAAGGUUCGCCACUGACAGCGGCUGCCACGUGACCUUGGUCGUCCACCCCCGCAAAGAGGACGAUGACAGAGAGCUGCAGAUAGCGUCCAUCUCCGGAUCGUCCAAGGCCAGCCAGGAGGCAGACAACGUCCUCAUCCUCCAGGACAGGAAGCUGGUAACGGGACGGGGCAAGCGCUACCUGCAGGUGGCCAAGAACCGCUUUGACGGGGCUGUGGGCACCUUCCCGCUGGAGUUCUGUAAGACCUCGUUGACUUUCUCGACUCCGGCUAAGGCCAGGGGCAAGGCUCGGCUCAAGAAAGUGAAGGACAACAAUAAUCUGGUCUCUCCCAAGGACCAAGAGGACGGUCAGGAGGAGGCCCUGGGCCAGCUGUGAGGUCAGCUGUUCCUGGAUCCUGGAGCCGACAUCCCCUAAGGGGAAUUCCGCAGAGAGCUGAGGGACAAGUGAAGGUGGGGACGGCAUCUUGUGUCAUGAAUAAAGUUGUGCUAGACGGUC